UGCACUUUCAGCGAGCAAUGGGUGCUUACAUCAGCUGUGAGAGGCUUUGACAGCGGGGACGUGGCUGGUUUGGACCAUUUGGACCCACAGUCCAGUUGGCAGAUAUGGUGAGGCACAGCAUGAUGACAGAAAUCCAAACCUUCCAGCACUCUCUCCAGGGUAACUCCCUGGCGUUGGGCCAAGUGGGGCAGAGCCGUGGGGGAACUCAGGAAAACGGGGUCACUUUGGAAGGGAGACGGCACCUCUCCCCGGCCCCAACAGAUGUCGAGAAAAGCCAGCCAGUGAACAUCCCCGAUGCAGCGAAAAGAAAAAAGAAGAAAAGAUCCAGAGCGACAGACAGCUCUAUGGGCACUUUUAAAGAUCUCUACAAGCUGACGGAUGAGGUGCUCGGCCAAGGGGCCUACGCUAAAGUUCAAGGAUGCAUAAGUCUGCAGAACGGACAGGAGUAUGCUGUGAAGAUCAUAGAGAAGAGUGCAGGGCACAGCCGCAGCAGAGUCUUUAGAGAAGUGGAAACUCUCUACCAGUGUCAAGGAAACAACAACAUUUUGGAAUUGAUCCAUUUCUUUGAAGACAACUCCUGCUUUUAUUUGGUAUUUGAAAAGCUGCGUGGUGGCUCCAUUCUCACACACAUCCAGAACCGGAGAUACUUUGACGAGCUUGAGGCCAGUAAGGUGGUCCGGGACAUUGCCCAAGCUCUUGACUUCCUACACACUAAAGGCAUUGCCCAUCGAGACCUUAAGCUGGAAAACAUCCUCUGUGAAUACACUGAUCGGGUGUCCCCAGUAAAGAUCUGCGAUUUUGACCUGGGAAGUGGAGUGAAGCUCAGCAGUGCCUGUACGCCCAUUACGACUCCAGAGCUCACCACACCGUGUGGCUCAGCAGAGUACAUGGCUCCGGAAGUAGUCGAGGUGUUCACUGACGAGGCCUCUUUCUACGACAAGCGCUGUGACCUUUGGAGUCUCGGGGUCAUCCUCUACAUCCUGCUCAGCGGCAGCCCCCCGUUCACAGGCCACUGUGGCACCGACUGUGGUUGGGACCGCGGAGAAACCUGCAGAACCUGCCAGACUCACCUGUUCGAGAGCAUCCAGCAGGGCAAGUACGAAUUCCCGGACAAGGACUGGGAUCACAUCACCGAGGGGGCCAAGGAUCUCAUCUCCAAGCUGCUGGUCCGGGACGCAACCCUUCGCCUCAGUGCUGCUCGGGUCCUCAAGCACCCCUGGGUGCAAGGGAAUGCCCCAGAGAGAGGUCUUCCCACUCCUCACGUUCUACAGAGGAACAGCAGCACCAAAGACCUGAGCCAGUUCGCAGCCGACGCCAUCGCCUUCAACCGGCAGCUGUCUCAGCACGACGAGCAGCGGGAGGACGUGGGAGUCGUCGUUUGCCCCGUGAGGCUUUCUCCUCCUUCCAACUCCAGACUGGCCCGCCGGCGGGCGCAGACCAACGCGCUGCGCAGCAGUGACUUCGCCGCCGCGUCGGACGACCUCACCGCCUGACAAGUCACCUUGGGAAGGGGUGGGGGGGGUUUCUGAUUGAUUUCUGCUCUGGGCGUGUGUUUGUUUUUCCCUUUUCUUUUCUACCACCAGAGGUCUCUUAGGAUCAGCCGCACAGUGACCGGUCCUGGGGUUGAAGCUCUUUCCCGUGGCCAGUAACCUUAUCCCAGCACGGAGGGACUGUUCAUUUGCCGGCUACCGCUUCUUUUAAUGUAAGCGUUUUAAGCAAUGACUGUUUAAUUUUAGAAAAGCUUUUGGUUUACUGUUACGAGUCUUAACAGAGAUAUUUAUUUUGUAUUUAAUGAUUUAUUUUGACAGACACCACACUUAAUGCCUCUAUCAGUACAUAUCAAUAUCAACGGAGCAUUACAUUGGUUCAGCACAGUUUUGCCACUGUUUCUGUUCUAAUGAAUUAUUAUCUAAUAUUGAUAGGUUUUAUUUUUCUUGUUGUCAAACUGUGAAUGAAUUAAUAUUGUGUGUAAAUGCUGCUCAUUGCUUCUCUGCUUUGGGUGGAAAGGGGAUGAGUGUUUGCUCAUUGAAGCAUGUCUGUCUAAUUGUUUGAUCCGUGUGGAUGUGUUGAAAUGAUCAAAUCUGACUGCACUAAGAGGAGACUGUUACUAUUGAAAAUACACCUUUUCAAAAACUCAUUCCUGUUCAGGCUAUGAAGAACCUCUGUGAAUGGAUGUUGAAAGUUUGAGAAGAGCCUUUGAUCAAAUGAUAUCAGUUCUAGCUUUAGCUUCAACCCAGGCUUCCUGUAGCACUGAUGUACUUUAAGUCACUGAUUCCUUUCAUCUGAAAGAGUUAAUAUUGUAUCGUAACUAUGUUUGGUCCUACUAUGUGAAAUCAGCACCUACAGGGAUGUUUUAACUUUUAAGGGGUUUUUAACUCCUCUUUAUAGUCUGUUACCUAGCUAGCUCUUAUUUUUUUUGGCACAGUUUGUACUCUCCCGGUGAAACUAUGCAUCCCAAAACACUUCUUGAUUUUUUGUUUGUUUUUAUUAUUCUGGAUGAAUUUAAAUGUGAGAUUUGCCUUUGUUUGGGUUGUUUUUAGAUAUUGAUACUUUGAAAAGGUUUUUUUUAAGAGUUGAUGUUAUAGUUUAGUCAAAUAGCACAUCUCUGCGUUUUAAUUUUUUUUAAUAUUUUAUAUAUAUUGUUUAAUUUUGACGAUUCAAGUUGCUCAGUUGGUUUUAUAAAGAUUUGGACUUUAGAAGCUCUUAUUUGUUUGACCAGCGGACACAAAUUGCAGUCCAUCAUCUGUGUUUCCCCAAUCACCCCAUUGAGGGCUGAGAAACGACACGUCACCAUGAUUUCACACUGUUGCCAUGGACACCCCAUCCCUAUAGCAACACUGGCCCAUCACAGGCUGGCAGGAAAUUGAUAGGGAUUUGCUCUGAGCAGCAACAACAACAAAAAAAAACCCAUUAGGGAACAAUGGCUUGCAUGUUUAAGCCAUCUCACUCCUAUUAGGAAUCAUAAAUGGGAUUUUAAUUUAAUAUCCUCAAAAAAAGAUUCAGUAAUAGGCGUAAAAGAGUCCUAUUUACAUUAGUCAUACCUCAAGGGUCCUAUGCAUAACGUUCUCAGUACGCAGUACAUGUUCUCUGGUAAGCUGUGUUCUCAAUAAAAAAAAAAGAGAUAUUCAA